AUGACUUCGCGGAAAGUCCGCCGGCAACGUAUGGAGAAUAUGGAGACCACGAGCAACGAGUCCGGGGGCGAGCAGGCCGUCCCCGACAGCACGGUGCCAAGGAAGUCCUGGUCCGAGCUCCGCGCUGUCGUCAGCGAUCUCAGGAGGAAAUUGUCCGGGGUGUCGGCUGGAUCCGUGCCGGGUUCCAUAACUUUUCGAUCACUUCCGGAUGGCCGAACUAGAAUCUAUUUCCUCAGCACGCCGAGUAACGGCUGGGAGACCACUCUUUUGUAUGUGGACAUCGCGCAUGCUGACCAUGCCAACAGUUAUCGGUUGCACUGGCAGCCUGUCAUAGAAGCGAAUUUCCAGAGUGUAUCCAGUGCAAAUAGACUAUCAAAGGAAGAACAAUUGUUGUGGGAAAGGAAAAGACUUGCUACGUGGGGUAUAACCAGUUAUGAGAUUCACCCAGAAAGUGGGAAAUUAGUUUUUCCAGCUGCUAGCAGUCUUUAUCAAUGUGUGGAUACUGGAUUUAUGCCUGGACCUCUCUUCCCAUCAGAAAUUAGGAUGUCAACGACCGGAGCAAAACUGUGUCCUCAGAUCUGUCCUUGGAACAACGCCCUGAUUGCGCACACAUGUUCGGGAGAUCUGUAUCUAUCUCACAGCAUCACAGGAUCUUCGGUUCGAUUAACUCAUGAGAAAGGAGGCAGAAGUCUUGUGGACGAUCCGCUUACAGCCGGCACUCCUUCCUAUGUCAUGCAGGAGGAAUUUACAAGGUAUAUUGGCUACUGGUGGCAGCCAAAGUCCAUGUUCGAUGGUAUCUAUAGAAUAGUAUAUGAAGAAGUGGAUGAGAGUGACGUCAAGAUAUAUUGCUUCCCUUCGUCGAAUUCUGAUGAGGUGGACGAAUUUAGAUUUCCUAGAGCCGGUAUGUCUAAUGCUCGAAGUAACUUGAAAAUGGUGCAAUUCCGCCUGACGGAAUCAUUGCAUAUUGUCGACAUCGAGAUACUAGAACUUCAAUAUCCCCUUCACAUCAUGUUUCCAUGGAUGGAGUAUAUGGUGAGAGUCGGCUGGACUCCGGACGCUCAAUACGUUUGGGUGCAGUUGUUGGAUAGAAAACAGCAGAAACUUGAGUUGGUUCUGCUGUCGAUAGAUAACUUCUGCGAGCCGACACCAAACACAUACAAUACAGAAAAUCACUUUACACCCACGUCGCCGAGCGUCCAAGUGAUAUAUUCCGAGCAGAGCUCAAUUUGGAUCAACGUGAACGACCUGUUAUACUUCUUAAAGUCCGAUGAUGCGAACGAAGUCAAAUUUAUCUGGGGGAGCGAAGAAUCCGAGUUUCGACAUUUGUAUCUUAUAACGUCCAGUAUAGCAGGCUUAAGUAACGGAGUGGAAGAGCCUUUGGAUAGAAUGGAUAGCAUAUUUCUUCGACCACGUAUCACUUCCAAAGUAGCCCUGACACAGGGUGAUUGGGAAGUGUUAGGGAAAAAAAUAUGGGUCGACGAGAUUAAUUCGAUCGUCUAUUUCUGCGCAUUACGAGAAGGGCCGUUGGAACAACACGUUUAUGCGGUUUCUCUGCGACGGCCGUUAGAAAUACGACUCCUAACGCGACCUGGCUACAGUUACAAUAAUAUAUAUUUUAACAAAGAGUGCACGAUGUUGGUCACUGUUUAUAGUUCCAUUAAAACGUUGCCUACUUGUCAAGUAUUCAAAAUAUCACAAACCGAUUGGACAGUGGAGAGCAUAUCGCUUACGCCUGUAGGUUAUCUCCUAGAACCAUCAGCGCCUGAAUCUGAGUUGUUUGCCCCGGAAAUUUUCACGCAUAAAAUCAAGUCAGGAGAUACGAUUUACUCAAUGAUAUUUAAACCUCAUAAUUUUCAAAGUGGAGUCAAAUAUCCUACAAUAUUGAAUGUCUACGGAGGACCCGAAGUACAACUUGUAUCAAAUACAUUUAAAGGUUUAAGACAUUUACGAAUGCAUAUGUUAGCUGCUCAAGGCUAUUGUGUAGUUUUAAUCGACUCUCGCGGAUCGCAGCAUAGAGGUUUAGUAUUCGAGAGUCAUUUACGACGUAGAAUGGGAACAGUGGAGCUGAGCGAUCAAGUCGAAGUGUUAAAAUGGCUAGCGGAGACCACCGGAUACAUAGAUCUAAACCGAGUGGCUCUUCACGGCUGGUCUUACGGCGGAUACUUAAGUCUAAUGGGUUUGAUACAAUAUCCUGAUAUCUUUAAGUUGGCCAUUGCUGGUGCGCCAGUUACUUCGUGGAACUUUUAUGAUACCGGAUAUACCGAACGUUACAUGGAUUUGCCACAGAACAAUCCUCAUGGUUACAUGGCCGGAUCGGUUCUGACAUACGUAAACAAGUUUCCCGACGAGGAGAAUCGUUUAUUAAUUAUUCACGGUCUUAUAGACGAGAAUGUACAUUUCUAUCAUACUAGCCAGUUGAUUAACGCCCUUGUGAAGAUAGGUAAACCGUAUCAAUUACAAGUUUAUCCUAACGAGAGGCAUAGUCUGAGAAGUUUAGACGCCAGCAAACAUUAUGAGACGACUCUGUUAUCCUUCUUGCAGAAUCAUUUAUGAACUUAUGUUCUCUCUAUUUUUAUUUUUGUUUCUUUUCAUUGUUAGAUAGUUCGAUAAUAAUCGUUCCUCUGAGCAAAAGUUCGCGAGUUAAGUAACUGCCAUUAAUUUACAUACACAUAUAAAUGUACACAUUUAAAUGUAAAAUUUAAAAGGAAGAAACACUUUCAGAUGGUCAGAUAUUCGUACUAGUUUCUGUAUAAAUUGUAUCUCUAUAGAGCUUUUUUAAGAUAGUAUUACACAUUUUUUAUGCAAGACAUUUGCAACAACACACUGUGAAUAUAUUGUAUAAUUAAUUACAAGAACGAAAACGAAUCUUCUAUAGCAAGAAAUUUAUAAUAUAUAACUUACAAAAAAGAUGUAUGCUGGAUAUAAAUUUUCACCGAUGCUGUCAAGAUAUCACAAAAUGCGUAUUAAAUGCGUACGAAGUUUUCUUAAUCAGCUAUUGUCGAAGCUUAUGAUCGUGAUAAUAUUGAUUGUGAUUUUUUUUCUAAGAGAAUGGACAAUACUCAAUGUACUAACAAUAGUUAAUCAAGAAAACUACUUCAUACGUUUGUUUCUCGGUUAUUUUGCAAUAUAUGAUGAAUCGUUAGACGAUCGACAUCUCAACUGUGACUAUGUACAUAUAUGAUACGUGCAACACAGAUUCCUCUUUCUACGAAAUGAAAAUCUGUGUUUCAGUGAGAAAAGUAUUUGUGUUCUUCAAUGUUGUGAAAUAAUCGUAUAUCCGAUGGAUAAUUAUUUGUCAAUAAAUAAAUUGAUUAUUUUA